CACCCAAGGUCUGCGAUGCCUGCAAAAACAAAAAUGAAGACGAUAAUGACAUCGUGGAAAACCUCUGCAAAAAUGACUUUGCCUUGAAGAUAAAAGUGAAGGAGAUUGCCUACAUCAAUGGGGAUACCAAGAUCACCCCCGAAACAAAGAGCAAGACCAUCUACAAGCUGAAUGGGCUGACGGAAAGGGAUCUGAGGAAGAUCGUGCUCUGGCUCAAAGGUGGCCUCCAGUGUACCUGCGACGAGAUGAACGACAUCAACGUCCCCUACUUGGUGAUGGGGCAAAAGCAAGCUGGUGAACUGGUGAUCACCUCGCUGAAGCGGUGGCAGAAAGGGCAGCGGGCUUUCAAGCGGUUCUCCCGCAGCAUCCGCAAACUGCAGUGUUAGUGGCGUCGGCUCCGGCCGCCUCCAGCAGCCGCCUCUGUCCCGAGCUCUCCGGGCCUCCCGCACCUUCUUGCUUCGGCCCCGCUGAGCCUCGAGAUGUCACGGGCGUGAGACACGGUGGCCGCUCUCCGAGAGGGGAGGCAGCCCUCCAUUUUUGUACAUAGGUUAAAAUGUAAUAAAAAAAAAAAAUCAUGACUAUUUUUGGGAAGUAUUAAAGUAUCUCGCUUAAAGCUUGGGGUUUUUUAAUGGUUGCAAACAUGGCUUUGGUCUGAGGUUUCUCCCUCUUCAUUUUGGUAAUGCUGGUUCAUUUAUAUUGCUGCUUCUCUGUAUACAUGCAUGUUUGUUGUGCAAAAGUAGGAGAUGCAGAGAAAGACAGCCAUGCGUGCGACUGGCCUGUCACAGUGGGUACGACUCUUUCACCAAGGUGAAACGGCUUGCCAUCUAUAUUAACUCUAUCAAGGUCACGUUAUGACUCUUGCAUGUGAUACAUAGGCACCAGUAAAAGUAUAUUCACCACUCUCACAUUUUAUUUUCCACAAGUCUGAGCUCUUCUCUCAGAAAAAAAGAACAGGUUUUGGAGCUGGUUGAUCUGAAUGCAAUUUUAUUAUUAUUUUUUUAAUUUUGCAAAUUAAACCAUCUGUAGCCUAACUGUAAUAUACCUAGUGGUUAACCUGAAAGAGUUGUAAAAUAUUGCUUUAAUUAACCUUGUAAAUACUCCAGAUAAAUGUUAUAUUCUUGUAUAUAAACUUUACAUCAUAGUUUA